UAAAGAAUAAUCAUCGACCCAAAUUAACUGACAUAAUCAAAGUUUUGAAAAAGAAGAAUCCAAAUUUGUAGUACUAUUGCAUAGUCGAUUAGGGGUUUCAGUUUCAAUUUUACACAGAUUAACAUUAGAAGAAGCAUACAGGUCACUGGCGUGUUUUCUCUAUUGAUCUAUUAUUGAUCAAGUUAGUCGCUCAACGUUUAUUUGUAAUUGCAGGAUUAUGUACGUUAUUCAACCAAAGUUUUUAGGAAGAAAUGAAACAUUUUUCAAAAGUAUUUUGGCUGUUGCCGUUCUGUCAAGCUUCUAUGGAAAUGCUUUUGGCCAAUCAAUAGGCUAUGGCAGCUGUCCAAAUGUGAAAGCACUAGAAUACUUUGAACCGGAAAAGUACGUUGGUAGAUGGUACGAGAAUGAACGAAUCAUCAACACCUUCCAAUUGGGCGGAUCAUGUGUUACUGCCGAUUAUACUGCUGAGAAAGAUAGCUAUGGCGAACCCACUGGAAACAUACUUGUGACAAAUUCAAUGACUAAUUGGCGUGGGUCAAAAAAAUCAAUAAGUGGUACGGCUGUGCCUUUGGACAAGUCAACCUCUGAUGCAAAAUAUGUUGUCAUCUUCCAAGGUGUUCCCACAAACGGAUCUUACUGGGUAGUGGACACAGAUUAUGAUAGUUACAGUGUUGUUUACUCAUGCACAUCAUUUUGGGGACUAUUCAAUCUUAAGUUUUUGUGGUUGUUAACAAGAGUCCCAGAACCAACGCAGGAUGUUCAACAAAAAAUGAGUUCAGUUCUAAAAAGCAAUGGUUUAUCCAGCUAUCUACUCUCGAAGACCAAUCAGAAAAACUGUCAAUACACAUAAUGAGCUAAUAAUUUAUAUUUGUUACAAGUUUCACCAUAGUUCUUAAGAUCAUGUUCUAUUACUUUUCAAGUUGUAAAUUGAAAUAAAAACUAAAAUGUGUAAUAUCCA